UCCGAUCAUAACGGUUUCAUCCAUGUACUCAUUGAUUGAUGUUUUUUCAUCCCUAUUCGGGCCAUUUUCUCUUUAUGAAUACUUGCCCUUUACACGAGGAAACAGAGUAUUGGCAUAAAGUUGAGUGAUUACGUGAAAUGUUGUUAUUCAAAAAACAGGAUAUGAUAAGUUUAUUCGAUGGAUAUCAAAAUCUGCCAUGUCUGACAAAAGGUCGUCUAGAUUUGCGCAUUGGCCGUUCCAUCGAGUGUGGCAGGUUUUCCUGGGAAUGGCUUUUGAGGACGUCUAUUUGGUUUUCCAAGUGUGGGUCUACUUCAUGUCUUGGAUCACGAAAUGUCUCCAGCCUUUGAACAUUCUUGUCCAGCCAGCGCCACAGGGACCUGAUGGAGUAGAAAGUGCGAGCGAUGCCAGUACUGUAUUAUAAUCCAAGUUGACGAAUCUUGAGGGCGUGGGUCGUCAUCACGAUAACCUCGCCAAGCCCAGAAGGUCAUGAUUUCCUCUAAGGCUCGGCAAGGCUACCAUGGAGCAUCCUUCCUUUUGGAAAAGGACCGAAACAAAGAGUGGAAAAAUUCGACCUUCCCCUGCCAGAAGGAUACAUGUGCCCCGCAAUAUUCUUCGAAAAGUAUGAGAAUUCCACCCUCCCCACCUGGCGGAUCGAGUUUCCUAGAGUAUAACGUGAACGCAGUCUUAGGCCAGCAGGUUUAAUGUGUGGCCACGACUCACUCCCUCACUCAUAAA